AUGGUUGAUUCUAACCAGACGAGACUACACACAAAUCUGGAAGACCCAGAGGAAGGCCAAGGCUCAGGUGCCCACAUGAUCAGCACAGCCAGGGUACCUGCAGAUAAGCCAGUACGCAUCGCCUUCAGCCUCGACAAUGCCGCAGAUGAUACACCACCUGAAGAUGCCAUUCCUCUGGCCUUUCCUGAAUUAGAGCAGCAACUACAGCCUCUGCCGCCUUGUCAUGACUCCGUGGAGUCCAUGCAGGUGUACAAGCAGCACUGUCAGAUAGCAGAGGAAUACCGCGAGGUGAGAAAGGAGAUCGCCCUGCUGGAGGAGAGAAAAAAGGAGCUCAUUGCCAAGCUGGAUCAGGCAGAGAAGGAGAAGCUGGAUGCCGCUCAGCUGGCUCGGGAAUUCGAGGCCCUGACGGAGGAGAAUCGGACGCUGAAGCUGGCCCAGUCCCAGUGUGUAGAACAACUGGAGAAACUCAGAAUACAGUAUCAGAAGAGACAGGGCUCGUCCUAA